AGGGCUGUAUUUUAUAAAGUAGCUGUGGUGAGGAAGGUUUCACAUUCUUAACACCCCUGAAAAAUUGAGGGAAUUGAUAUGAAACAGCCUAAAAUGGUAUGUAGUAUUUAGUCAUUUGAGAACAAAAUCUCUCAAACUGCUUAUAUUCACUAACAUUUCGGGCAGGAGUAUAACUCACCACAUGACAUUUUUGUAUGCAUGAUGAGACCCAUUAUUAUCAGAGGGAUUCCUUGUAGUGUAAGUGUUCCUCGGGGUUGAGAAACACUCGCAUCGGGCUGAAUUCCUGUGUCGAAACAGGAGCUGAUGGAUGUCUAAUGUCGCUGUUUGAAUCUUCUCCUUCCCCUUGCCUGCUUUUCACCACUACAGCUCUUUUCUUUUUCUCUUCCCAUCCGGUUUUCCCCGGUUUCAUCCACCUCCUCUCUCGCUCCUGGAAUAUUUUAUGCAAAAACGCGUCAGCUGAGCGGCAGGUGGGGGCGUUCCCGCAUAGAUUAUGCAAACGGACUCGGUCUCGACCAAUCGGCGGCCGCCCUCUCGGUUUGUCGCUAGAUAAAUUAUGCGCGCUCGUCCCGAGCCGCAGAUUCGUGUUGUGGAGCCGAGAUGAGCUGACCUUGGAUUGUAUUUGUGCCGCGGCGGUCGGUGCACGAGCUUUUUUUUCUACUCACAAUAUCGCCUCGUGGAUGUGUCUCACGGAGCUGGUCGCUGGAGGUCGAGACGGGAUCUGUUUGUGAGCGGACUGUAAAAAGAAAAAAAGAAACAAAAAAACAACCCCCCUCAAAAAACAACAUGGCCAGCAUGAAUUCGCCGUGCUACACCGUGGCUAUGGAUCUUGGCGUCUGCCAGCUGAGAAAUUUCUCCAUCUCGUUCCUAUCUUCGUUACUGAGCGCGGAGAGCUCUCACGUCAAGCUCGACAAUAGCUCGUCAGGAGCCAGCGUUGUGGCUAUUGACAACAAGAUUGAACAAGCAAUGGACCUGGUGAAGAGUCACCUGAUGUACGCAGUGCGUGAGGAGGUGGAGGUCCUGAAGGAGCAGAUCAAGGAGCUGAUCGAGCGUAACUCCCAGUUGGAGCAGGAGAACACCCUGCUGAAAACGCUGGCCAGCCCGGAGCAGAUGGCCCAGUUCCAGGCCCAGGUUCAGACCGGUUCCCCGCCUGCGCCUCCGACAGCUGCUACACCGGGACCCCCGAGCAACGCCACCCUCGUCCAGCCCACCCUGCACAGCUCUGGCCCAUCGGCGUAGCCUGGUCUGUACACAGACAAACUGACUGACAUUUUUUGAGUUCUGCUACAGCAGCAGCAGAGCUCCACCUUGCCUUCUGCAGCAGGAGGUUACGCUGUUAAGACAAGAAUUUGCACAUAUUUAUCUCUCAGAAGGAUGCAGCUGGUGGGACAGGCGGUGCAGUGCUUCAAAGCGCAGCAGGGGGUGACAAUCUUGAAGACGGUGUAUGGCGAGAUUAGUUUCAGAGCAAGAUUGAAUCAUCGAACAUUUGCCAAAUAACCCUUGGACAUAUCAACUAGAAUGUCUUACCAAGAAGAAACAAAACAAGUCAUCAGUGGCGACAAUAUACUUAACUAUAGAUUAAAAAAAAAUCACUGUGCCUGUGUCUGGAUUUUAAGUGAUGUCGAUUUUACUGAUGAGGGCGGUGGAGGAGGAGCAGGAGGUGGAGGAUUGUAUUGGUUGUUACCUUUUUUUUUUUUUUUUGCUGAAUGAUGUAAAUAAAAAAGUUGUUCUCUCUCAAUGCUGAAUCCUAAAGUUACAGGUCGAGAGGUUUGAGAGAGAGAAAAAAAGCCUUCUCAGAGUGACAAAUGAAGAAUGUGAGCAAUUAUUACCAUGACAAAGUCCCCAUCUGGAAUGGGGGAGUUGGGGGGGGGAGGGAGGGAGGGUAUUUUGAACAACACUUGGCAGAACUGGUGACGUUACUUCAACUGUGGGAUGUUGGGAUGAACAAAAAAAAAUGUGGUUUCUUAUGGAGAUGAUGAUAUUCUAUUUCAGUAUUUCUCUUUCAAAGCUCCUCAUUUUUGCCCUGGACAAAGCUCAUCAUUGCUGUUCUCUCAACCCUGCAGUGGCAUGUAAUUUAAACCUUAUCCGACAGGGUUGAGACAUUUGGGCUAAGCUGCAUUUUCUCUUUUCGUAAUAAAAAGUUUGAUGGGCAGAAGAUGAUGUAUAUUUCUGUAUAGUGUAAGUACCAUGUAAAAUAGUGAGGAGAGGGAGGGAGAAAAACAACAGAUGCUAUCUUGGCCACACAGAUUGAAGCGGGUGAGCGAGGAACGUGCUGGUCUUGCCCAAGUCUGUGUCGUCUAUUUUUAAUGCUGUAUUUUCAAGACUGUGGACGGACGGAAGGUUAGGUUAUUUAACUGACAACAACACAGCCAACAAUGUUGUCCAUAUCUCUUUACUGCGACAUUAACUCUUACUGUACAACCAUUCUCACUUUGCUCUUUUUUUUCUUUCUGGAGUAUUUGCACCUUUUAUGAUUUUUUUUUUUUUUUUAAGUUUUUGACAGUGAUGUACUUCUGGAUGAACAAUAUCUUAAAACUCAACAUUUAACAACAAAAAAACAAAACAACAAAAAAUACAAACUCUGGAGAUGUGUUUUCUUUUUCAUUCUGUGUAUCAGUUGUAUGCUCAUGUUCUGUGCAUGUUUCUGCAAAAGACCGGAUGAGAUAUUGUAACAUACUUACCACAAUUGCACUUGACAGCUGCACUUCACACCUUUCAAUAAACAUGCUUAAAGAAGAAUAACCACCUGA